CUGCAGCCUUCAGGCAGGCUGUACCGCUGUAUGCCUGUAUCACUCCACACAACACGCAUCCAUUCACGAGGUCAAACCCAACCCCAGAAGGCUGAUUCGAACCGUUCGGCAUAUUGGCAUGCAUGCAGGUCAACUCUUCUGCGGGGUUGACCCUCCCACACCCUAUAUAUGCCGCGCAAAACGUACGGGCACUUGGACUCUCCAAGCUCAAGCUCGAUCAGCAGCCGGCGCAACCACAGAAAUCUGAAAUCCAGUGUGAGGUUGCAGAGUUAAAGAGGCUCGGAAUUAAGCUCGGUAGAAGUCAGAAGGUCGCCAUGAGCCGUGUGGAUGAGGCGGCGAGGGGCGCCGGCAACGGCGAGGGGGGAGAAGAGGAGUGCAGGUACAAGGGCGUGAGGCGGAGGCGGUGGGGGAAGUGGGUGUCGGAGAUCCGGGUGCCGGGAAGCCGGGAGCGGCUGUGGCUCGGGUCCUACGCCACGCCCCAGGCCGCCGCGGUCGCGCACGACGCAGCCGUCUUCUUCCUCCGCGGCGGCGGCCAGGGCGCCACGGACGCCGCGGCGCUCAACUUCCCGGAGCGCGCCGCGGCCACGUACGGCAUGGGGACGUCGGCUGCGGCGGCAAGGCUGUCGCCGCGGUCCGUGCAGCGCGUGGCGUCCGACGCCGGCAUGGCUGCCGACGCGCAGCUCGUCGAGGCGCGGGAGCAGCAGCGGCUUGCCUCCGGGGAGAUCAGCGUCGAUGACAUGGAGAUUUUGAUGUAAUAGUACUUAAAAGACCUUGCCGGCUUGCCGGUGUUAUCACAAUGAGUGGAAAAAAAAAUUGAACUGAUGGAAUAAUUGAAAACGUGAGUACGUAACCA